CUGGCACACAAGCAGAGUCGGUCCACUCUGCUUAACUUGUACUGUGGCUCCCCCCAGUGGUGCAACGAAGUCGUGCAUCCGUUCUAUCCAAGUUACAUUUAAACUAACACAGACGUUGGGCUUACAACUAGCUAGAAGUUUCCACUUAACGCAGAACUGCUGUGCUACCUUUCAACGGAGGAGUUUCGGCGGGGUUUUGAAGGCACUGCGGUACUUCAAUUCAGUGACGAGUUAACGUUAGCUGUCUCUCUGUCCCCAAAGGUGAUUGAGAUGGCGUCCUUGAAAUAUAAGCAUUUCCACAGGAAAAACCCGAAUGCAAAGCUUGUCUUGCUUGUCAGUGGUCUGCGGAAGGAAAAUGCCUAUCUGAAGAAGACCCUGGUUGAGCUGUCUCGUCAACAUUCAGAGCAUAAUAAGCUAUUAGAGAGAUUCCUCUCUCUUGAAACUGUUAGACUGGAGAAGUGCCAGCCACUGAUGACCAAAGACGAGAGGACUGAUUUACCAUCAGACCAGCUGAAAAAUAAAGAAGUGAAGCAGACAGACGUAGUGAGUAUAAGGGGUUCCACUUCAGAUGAUUUGGCCCCGACUAACAACGUGACAGAGCUCCAAAAUCACCUCAGCGAUGCCUUGGAGAAGAACAAGCAGUGGCUGGAAUAUGACCAGCAGAGAGAGGCCUAUGUGAGGGCAAUUCUGGCCAGAAUGUUAUGGCUGGAGAAGCAACUGAACGAAGCCAAUCAGGCCCUCUCACAGCAGCACAAUGAGGACCAUUCAGAUGAGAAUGAGCAAAUAAGCCAAAUGCAGGAGCACUAUGAAAGUCUUCUCCAGAAAUCCAAAGACGAGCUGGAGGUGCUCAGGGAGCAGGUUGACAUGACCCACCAGAACCUGAUAAAAACCCAAAAAUUGUGCGAGGAAAGGCAGAGUGAGGUGGAGGAGCUCAAGCAGCUGCUGCAGACUGAAGAAAUGAGCAGAAAAAGUGCAGCAGAUGAUCACUGUGCUACCCAUGAAGAGCAACAUCUGAGGGAUGAGCCCAAAGACCUCCAGCACAGACUGGAUGAGGAAAAGUGCAGGUCAACCAACUUUGAGCUGCAGAUCAAAAUUUCUUCACAAGACCUUGAAGACGAGAGGCAGGAUUGUUCGUAUUUAAAGAAGCAAAUGGUCAGAGUCCUGAAGGCGCUGCGAAAAAAUAAACACUCUGUGACAGCACAGUCAAAGAGAGUCCAGCUGGAUAGCCAUUCAUGUGAAGCAGCACACCCACCGUCUUCGCCUUCCAGAGACAGCCUGACAUCCUCCCUGAAUGGCAGCUUGCUGAAUGAAAGCUUCCUGGAAUGUCCCAGCUGCCAGACUGCGUAUCCUGCCAGUCAGUACAGAGAACUGAUGAACCACCUAGAAAUCUGUCUGGACUGAAUUAAGCAAACUUUUUCUGUUCUGUAUCUUCUGUAAUAAGAAUUUUACUUACACUGUGUGCCAAAGGCUCAGGUUAUCUUAAUAAACUACGGUGUUGAGUCAGUGAA